GUUGUGAAGCAUGCUUGUUGUCAGUUCAAUCAUCGUUUACAUUGAUAUAGGACUGUGAUUACAUUUAUUUUUUACCAGAUCUACUUCAUAGGAGCCCCAAUGUACAGAAUUAAUAGCCCUCUGCCAGCCAGUCAGAAAAUAGUAUUUCUUGUCUCUUAGGAAUACGUUUUCAAUAAUAUGCCUUGUAGUUUCUUUUUUGAUAUGCCAUGAUUGUGUGGGUAUAUUUGUAUUUUCACAUUACAAAUUACUUGUAUUUUAAUGAAAUAGGCCUAUUUGUGCCCACCUCUGACCAUAGUAGGCUAGACUACUCCAGCACAGCUGGUGGCGGCAGUAUCAAAUUAGUUUACAGUCACAAGUGUUCAAUUGUAAACAUCAGCAGAAAAAGACACUGACACAUUAGCCUACUUUGGAAUAGGCUAACCUAUAGUUUAACCAACUACUCCGAGUGUAGCCUUACCAGUGUAAGACAUGGCUAUGGUAGAAGUAUGGGUUAUUAUGGCUGCGUUUUGUGUUGCAGAGGCGAGUCCACCUAUGCUUACUGUUAAUUUGGAUGUGCCGCCAGAGGAACGAUGGGCACCACUUGUGGAAUUGUUCGACGAACAUUUCUUACGCCAAGUUGCGGCAGAAGUAAUCGAAUCAACAGUACCAAAAUGGGUUCACCAUGCAGUUAUUCCCAUAGUGAAUGCCCUGGAAAAAUACAUGCCCCCACCAUAUGCCAAAGAGAUACAAGGAAUGGCCUCUUACUAUGGAGCUAACAUUGCUGAUAUUGUUCUGCUCAAUUUUGCCUAUGAAGUUACAGCGUUUUGCAGUAGUAUUAUAACUCAAGACUCAAAAGGAAACAUAUACCAUGGUCGAAACCUAGAUUAUCCCCAUGAUGUCCUCAGAAACAUAACCAUUGAUGUCAGUUUCAUACAAAAUGGAAAGGAGUUAUAUAGAGGAACCACAUUUGCUGGCUAUGUUGGUCUGUGGACAGGACAGAGUUCCAAACAAUUUACUGUGUCAGGAGACCAGCGCUCAAAAGGCUACUGGUGGGAAAAUGUCAUUGCUGCAGUAAUGGAAAGUGCCCCCGCUAGCUGGUUGGUGAGGCAGACUUUGGAGGAAGCAGCAAACUUCCAGGAUGCUGUGAUGCGAUUGUCCAAAGUUCCCCUCAUAGCUGAUGUUUACUACAUAGUUGGUGGAAUUCAUCCAGGGGAAGGGGUUGUGAUUACGAGAGAUAGAAGAGGGCCAGCUGACAUUUGGCCCCUGGAUCCCCUUAAUGGAGCAUGGUAUAGAGUAGAAACGAACUACGACCACUGGUUGCCAACUCCAUCUCGGGAUUAUCGAAGAGCUGCUGCCACAGAGGCGUUAAAUGCCACCGGGCAAGAUCAAAUUAACUUUGAAACACUCUAUAAGGUUUUGUCUGUUGUCCCAGUAUGCAACAGGAUGACCAUUUAUACAACAAUGAUGAGUGCUGCUGAACCUGAAAAUUACAAGACUGUGGUGAGAGAAUGUAUGCAGUGGGUGAAUCUGUCGAAACUGACUGACUGAAACUUUUAAUGUGUCUGUGAAUAUAUAAUAUGAAUUGCCAGAGAUGCCUUCGUAUUUUAGGAUACUUUAUUAAAAAAAAGUUCAUAAUGCAUUUUGACUGUUUGUAUAUAAAUUGCAGCAGUUGGAAACCAGUUGCAGUAUUUGCUAUGAUACAAUUUAAAGACUUAUUGUUGAAUAGGUGCUACUGCACCAAUAUACAGGGAACAUUUUUCUAGGUAACACAUGCAUCGUGCUGUUUGGUGGUGUUUUGUUGUGUUUUUUUGGCUGUAUGUAUGUCUGCGCUACUAUUGUAGCAUGAUGUUGUAACCUAUUACUUUACUCGCUUGAAGCAACUUUCAACAUGAAUUCAAAAGAUUUUAACAUCGUUUUUUUACCUGAUCUCAACUGUUUAUCAUGGCCUGGUCUUAAUUCUACCGUAAUAUAAACCUGUUAGUAGGCCUAUUUGUCAUUGUCAAGGGAAUGUCAAGGGAAUGCUGAAGUCGAAUAUGAUGAAAUAAAAGUUUCAAAAGUUACUGUCUAA